AUACCAACAUUCAGUUUCCUUUCUGCGUGUGGUUGUGUCUUACCGAAUUUUCAAAGGAGAUAAAAAUCGAAGUAUUUUUCUUGACUGAAAACUUUUACAAGUCUUUUAAAAGGCAUUGUGUAAUUCCGGUGAACCAAUUCAAACAUUUAAAAAGUUAUGCAACAGUUUUAACGGUACUGCAAAUCGUAUUCAAAGUAUUGUUAUAUUUAAAUAACGUUGUUUACCAUUAUGAUUUGAUAUAAAUAUAUAAGUGUUGUGGUGGUCCAAGAAAUUAUCGGAAUAUUUGCGAUCCGUUUUAAAAAUUAUAGUUUCGAAAAGUAUAUUUGUCUGAGAAGAACGAUUCCUUUUCGCUUAAUUAUUUUUACAAAGCUACUUCGUUGUUAUAGUGUUGUAAAUAAAGUUUUUUAUCACUUUACAAAUAAAACUGAGUUAAAAAUAACUUCGUCGUGAUCACGUGAAUAUAAAGGAUACUUAUCGUCAUUCGUUGUAGUGAAUUGCCGACCCAUAUUCAACACUUUGGAUUUUUUUAAACGCAUGGUUCUGUGGAAGGCUACAUUCGUCGAGUGAUAUUAUUGAGAAGGAUACUUUUCCCAGCCAAACAUAGUAUGCUUUUCUUAUGAAGGUUAUCCUAGAGUUCCGGUGAGGGGGGGAGAAGCCUGGCCAUGCGCCUGGGCCUGGCUUCUCUGCUGGUCGUGCUGCUAGGUUACCUCGUUCACACACCUCUCGUAUCCACAAUCGCAUCUCGCAUGACACAGAAUGACGAUGACGCCGACUCCUCCUUGAUUGCGUCACGCCUACGUAAUGGUACUACAUCGAUCAAGCUCCGUCCUUUGGCUAGAGAUAACUAUUCCCAUCUCUUUGGAAACUAUCUUGAGGUGGACGACAAUGAUACUGAUGCGAUCAAAGUGGAGGAAAUACCGCUGCGUGGAUUCAAAGAGGUGCUUGCUGUUGGAAAUCUAGAGAAGACUGAUGAAAAUGUUGUUAACACAAAAACUGGUAAAAAGACGAGGUUAUUUGUUGGGUACUUGACGGCUGUUAAAGGGUUUUUAUAUGAGAGGCAAGGUUUGGCCAUAUCUGGGGCUGUCAAACUGGCGUUAGAUCAGAUAAACAAUGAUAACGAACUUUUGCCGAAUGUUUUCCUCGAUCUAAAAUGGAAUGACACGAAAGGCGAUACCGUACUGGCAGUAAAAGCAAUGACUGAUAUGAUAUGUGAAGGAGUUUCCGUAUUCAUUGGCCCUGAAGGAACUUGUCACGUCGAAGCUAUUAUUUCACAGGCUAGGAAUAUCCCCAUGAUAAGUUAUAAAUGUUCAGAUUAUAAGGCUUCAGAAGUACCGACAUUUGCAAGGACUGAACCUACUGACACACAGGUUACCAAAUCUGUAAUAUCCCUUUUAUCUUAUUACAAAUGGGAGAAAUUUUCUAUCAUUUACGAUCAAAGUUAUGCCACUGUUGCUACUUCUCUUGAACAACAAGCUGUUCAAAGAAACUUUACGGUUAAUUUCAUGAAAGAAAAUAAUUCAGGAAAAUUCGAUUCUGUCAAUUGGUAUGAUAUCAUUCAAGAAACGAAAAGUAGAACAAGAAUCUACGUAUUCGUCGGAAAACUCUUUGAUUUGGUAGAAUUGAUGGACGCAAUGCAAGCAGCAAAAAUGUUUGAAAAAGGAGAAUAUUUUUUAAUCUAUGUGGAUAUGAAUGCUUACUCUGAUCAGUAUGCAUUCCAGUAUCUUUGGAAGCCUGCAGUUCUGAAUAAAUACACAAAUUGCAAAGAACUACCAGAAGCUAUGGGAAGUUUGGUAAAAAGAGCCAAAUCUCUAUUCGUAGUGACAGCAACAGCACCAACUGAAACAUUCAAAGAAUUCAAUGAGCAAGUGAAGUCUUAUAACCAGAUGGAACCGUUUAAUUUUCCUGUUUCUAAUCUUUUGCCUUUCGAAAAGUUUGUAUCGAUUUAUGCUGCUUAUCUGUACGAUUCAGUAAAAUUGUACGCUUCUGCUCUUCAUUACUUACUCAGUCAAGAACCUUUCUUAAAUGAAACUAUUAUAGUUGAUGUUGCUAGUAAUGGAACAAAAAUAAUUGAAACGAUUUUGAAAAUUAAUGGAACUUAUAAAAGUAUAAACGGUGCAUUGAUGAAAUUUGACAAAAAUGGUGAUUCUGAAGGUAACUAUUCUGUGAUAGCUUAUUCUGAACCAGAAAAUAAGAAUCUGGGUAAAUACAAUUUUACAUGUGAUUAUCAAAUGAGGCCAGUUGGACAGUUUUACCAAUCAAGUGAUGUCAACAAUUCACUACCUAGAUAUGAACUUAAUGUCAAUACCCAAAUCUAUUGGCCGGAUGGUUACAACCGACCUAAGGACCAGCCUAGUUGCGGUUUUGACAAUGAACUUUGUCCAAAGCCAAACACCCAACUUAAUAGCAUCAUUGCUGCUGCAGUAUUGGCCAUCUUGCUCUUCUGUUUCGGUGUAAUUACAAUGAGCAUCUAUAGGAAAUGGAAGAUAGAGCAAGAAAUAGAGGGAUUGCUGUGGAAGAUCAGUAGAGAAGAGAUACAAGAUUAUUUCGAUAAAGACAUUGUUUCUAGUCCUAGCAGGCUAAGUUUAGCCUCUGCUAGUACGUACGAAUCUAGAGGAGGCCUACAAGUGUUCGCCACGACUGCCCAAUACAGGGGCGUGGUAGUUAGAAUAAAAGAAUUGACAUUUCCGCGUAAAAAGGACAUUUCUCGUGAAAUAAUGAAAGAAAUGCGGCUAUUGAGAGAACUCAGACAUGAUAAUGUGAAUUCUUUCAUAGGAGCUUGUGUACAACCAACCUCAAUAUUACUAGUCACUGAUUAUUGUGCCAAAGGAAGUUUAUAUGAUAUUGUAGAAAACGAAGAUAUUAAGUUGGAUAAAAUGUUCGUAGCCUCGUUAGUUCAUGAUCUCAUCAAGGGUAUGCUGUAUAUACAUAAUUCAUUGUUAGUCUGCCAUGGUAAUUUAAAGUCUUCUAAUUGUGUAGUAACUAGUAGAUGGGUGCUACAAGUGACCGAUUUUGGGUUAGCCGAAAUGAGGCAGUGUGCCGAAAAUGAUAGUAUAGGAGAACACCAGUAUUAUAGAAAUUUGUUUUGGAAAGCUCCAGAAAUUCUACGUCAUCCGGCAAAAUAUAUUAACGGAACACAAAAAGCUGACGUUUAUAGUUUUGCCAUAAUUUUAUAUGAAAUUCUUGGCCGAAGAGGUCCCUUUGGUGUCACUCCUUAUGAACCUAAAGAAAUAAUAGAAUUGGUAAAAAAAUACAGAAACGACGAACCCUUUAGACCUGCUAUAGCGGCACUCGAUGAGUCCGAAGUAGGUUGUGAUGAUUAUGUUUUGCAAUGUAUGAAAGACUGUUGGGCCGAAGAACCAGAAAUGAGACCAGAUUUUGUUACGAUUCGGUCAAGAUUAAAAGGGAUGAAAGAUGGAAAGAGUAAAAACAUCAUGGAUCAAAUGAUGGACAUGAUGGUUACAUAUGCAAACAAUUUGGAAGAAUUGGUGACUGAAAGAACUAGACUUUUAUAUGAAGAAAAAUUGAAAACAGAAGAUUUGUUACAUAGAAUGUUACCCAAGCCUGUAGCCCAAAAACUCACCAAAGGGCUUGGAGUGGAACCGGAAUCUUUCGAUUUAGUAACUAUAUACUUUAGUGAUAUAGUAGGUUUUACUGCUAUGUCUGCUGAAAGUACGCCGCUACAAGUUGUCAAUUUUCUCAACGAUCUCUACACAGUAUUUGACAGUAUCAUUAAAGGCUACGAUGUCUACAAAGUGGAAACUAUCGGAGAUGCAUACAUGGUGGUUUCUGGUUUACCUAUCAGAAAUAUAAACAGGCAUGCAGGGGAAGUGGCAUCAAUGGCACUGGACUUACUUUCAGCUGUCAAAAAUCAUUGUAUAUCACACAAACCAAAUGAACCAUUAAAAUUAAGAAUAGGUAUACAUACAGGACCAGUAGUAGCAGGUGUGGUAGGUUUAACUAUGCCACGUUAUUGCUUAUUCGGAGACACAGUUAAUACAGCUUCUCGCAUGGAGAGUAAUGGCGAACCUUUGAAAAUUCACAUUAGCGCUCAAUGUAAAGAAGUUUUAGAUAAACUAGGAGGUUACAUUAUUGAAGAACGAGGUAUUGUGAAUUUGAAAGGAAAAGGAGAUGUUAAGACAUAUUGGUUGACGGGAGCAACGGAUCAAGCAAUACAAAGAAGGGAAGUUGAUUUGGCAGAAUUACCGCCAUUAUUUUGUCGACCUAGAAAAAGCCCCAAAUUGAAUUCUGAAUCUAGACAGCCUUCAGUGUGCGGAGGGUUUGGAGGACUGCAUAGUCGAAGACACUCUAGUGUACCAAGAGGUACUAGCAUUGAAGUGGAAAGCACGUCAACAAUCCAAAAUUCACCGUUACCUAUUCCACACCUUCGCUUAAAUCGGCAAAAUUUAACUGUUUUAGACCCAGGAGGGUCUAAGUUGACCAUCAAUACUGCUUUUGGUAGUCAACUGAUAGAAGUACCAGAGGAGAAUAAAAAGCAGAGACGAGUUUUGUCGAGCAUUGCUUCGAGCUGUGACGAACAUCAGCGUAGUCAAGGUAUGCUCAAUAGGAUAAGGGAAUCAAAAUCCUUAGAUCCCCUACCAUUCACCAAAUCCAACAAACCUUCGGAGCUUUUUGACAAAUUUCUCAAAGGUGACCGAAGAUCUAGACGAUCCCUGGAAAAUUGCGAUAAAAUCGGCGAGAUACAAAUAAUUGCUUUACCAGAAGACAAACUUUUAAACAACAAUUUUCCUAACGGAAAUUUGCUGAAUUUUCCUAGAGACAAUGUUUACGGAGAAGAUGUUCAAGCUCCGUUAUUGAAUAUCGCCAAUCAUCCAGUCAGUAUAAGAAAAAGAGGUGGAAGUGCCGUUGAUGAUUUACCAGAGAGCGAUUUCUCCAAAAAAUGGCGUUCGCUUGAGGCAGUUUCAACGUCAUGUGGUCAACUUUCUGAUGUACAUAGUAAGAAAUCAAUAUCAAAGAACGUUAAAAGUUGGCUAAUGGGACUUUUCAACGGCAACGGAAUAAAAUCUAGUAAUAGUUCUUUAAGAAAAGGCGUUAUGAAUGAGUAUAAUAAUUUACAACCAGAAAAAGAGAGUAUUGUUUAAGAAAAAAUUGGAUUUUGGAAAAAUAAAAAAGAAUUGUUUAAAUCAUGUCAGGACCAGAAAGUGAGCAUAUUUUGUCACAUAAUAUAUUGCAACAAAAUGAGGUUAUCAUUCGUUUUUAAUAUAAUUUGAGAAGUAUUUUUCAAAAAUUUCUUUACCGUUAAUUUGAACUCAUUUUUUUUUAUUUCAAACUAUACAAAUUCUUAUAAAUGUGCUGAGCACUCCAACUCUUCAUAUCAUUAUACUAUAAUCCAACAAGUAUUUGUAUCAAAAUCGCAUCUCUUAAUAGACCAGUGAUGUUCGUAAAGUAAGUUUUAUUAAAAAAAAAAAUAGUAGAGAUUUUGCAAUGAAAUUGAUUGCUCAAUAAUCUACAACUCUUACAUUAUUUUUUUACUUAGUUCUCGUGAUUUCCAGGUAUUUGUUACAGUGUGGUAUAUUUUUUUUCAUUGUAUCAUAUACUAGUAUGCCUAUGUGCAGACACGCGCGAUCUCUUUUGCACAAUGUGACGUUACGUUGGAAUCAAAAUGUAAUAAGUAUAAUGUAUGCUAUAAAUCUAUCAAAAAGUUUUAUUUUGAUUCCAAAUGUAGUAUUUGGUGCAAAGACCUAUCAAUAUAUGUAUAUGAUUGCCUACCUGUUCCAUGAAAUAAUAGCGAACUUAUUCAAUUUAAUAAUAUUGUUUCUGAUAUAUUAUGGGUAUAUUUAUUUCUUUGAGCGAAUCUUAUCUAGGUAAAUAAACAUUGUUUUAAACUUAGACACUGCAUUAUAUGGAACUACCCUCUUUGGAAUGAAUGGAACAAAUACGUGCUAAAAUAAAUAACACAUAAAUGGGUGGGCGUAUCGUAUCUAAAUAUUUCUAAUCAGACUGAAACCGUUCUUGUUUAUAAUCCUACAAGUGAGUCUACAACAACAUAAAAUAACUAUAAUUAUUGGAUAAAAAUAGAAAUUAUGUGUAUAAUUUUGUGAUUUGGGACAUUCAUUUACCAUAUUUUAAAUUAAUUUUAUCCUCUCGACCACCAGCAACUCCAACUUUAUGUUAAUGGCCAAGAAAACAUUCUGAUUUCAGCGUGACGUCAUGUCAAAUUUGAGUCACAAUUCAGCUUAAAGUUUCUCUUUUUUUCUUCAAAUUUCAAAUGUUAAGAUAUCCACAUAACCAACAGUGAACUCAAAAUUGCAUCUUGCCGAGUAUAAUGGAACAUUAUCUUACGUUACGAACAUACCUCGUAUAAUUCACUCCACAGUUUUUAUGUUAUAAUGAUUAAUCAUAUUGAUGCUAUUUGACAAGGUUCUAACAAACACGGGUCAACUUUAUGUUUUCUUAUUAUUCAAAUAUACAUAAAGCCCAUUAGGAAGUAUUUUAGUGGGAAUUUUUAGAAUAUUUCAUUUUUAUGUUUGAAAAUAUCUCCUAAUAACCAAAAAUUCGAAUUUAUGAUAUGAGUACCAAUUUACUUUACCUUGGUGUGGUUCAGAAAUUACUUGCAUAUGUCGAUAGAACAACAGCUAACUAUACAGUACAUAGAAAAUUGACCGUAAAAUAUCUAUUAGAUACUAAUUAUCUAUUAAACUUUUUUCAGUAGACGAGAAAAUUUAGUCUGGUCCUAUGAGGCGUGCAUUUAUUUUCUUAUUUUGUGAUGUUCAAUGUGAUCCUGCAUAUACAAAAAUUUAUUGUUAUUUUAUUAUUUCUUUUAUUUUUACAGUCAGAAAAUACUGUUUAUUAAAUGUUUUUUAGCAUUUUAGGUUGUGUUUGUAUUAUUUCAACGAUUUUGCAUUUUAAAAAUUUUCUAUAUUCCAGAAAAAAUGUUUUUAGUAGUUUUAUGUUAAUGUGCAAUAGAAUACAUUUUUAAUUUUUGUUAUACAUAUUUUAUAUGCUGGAUUGUAUAUUUUAUGACCAGUUUACCUAGCUCAAUCCAUUUUUUUUAAAUUUAUAUUAUCUUAUCAGUUCAUGAUCUGAAAUGUAGAAUAUUUCAUACCCCUUUCCUUUGUCUGUUCUUAUCAUGGGCAAAGUUCUGUUUUCUCUGUUGAAUUAGUCAUGACUGUUUUGAACGCUGUAUCUAAUAAUCAAUUAAAUAAAGGACAUGUGGAUAUGGUGUAUUUUUUGUAGCUUCUAAAUGGAUGAAAUUCACUUACUGCGAAUACACGAGUAUGUUGACAAUCAGAAAACCGUCCAUACUUCACUCAACUGUGAAUAAACGGAUCUCCAUCUACAUGUUCAUUAACUCAUGCCAAUCGAGCACCCUUAUGAAUUUGUGUUAAUGGAAAUCUUCUCCAAAUGCUUCAACAUAUUGUUUCAAUUGAAACUGAAAUCUCUUUUACAUGAUGAAAAAAGUACUUUGUGGUUAUCUAUGGUAGUUACAAUCAGAAAACAAUCCUUUAAAGUGGUAGUAACCCUCAGUCAUUCACUUCUUGGUCUUCCGUGUUUCCAAUGGUUCAUAUUGUUUCUUACAAUUAUGUUGUGUUAGAGAUUUGAGCAAAACAAUCCUUUAGGUACUAAUUUUGUUAUCAAGUUUCACUUCAAUAUUUUUUACUUAUUAUUUUGAGUAAGUGGUGGCCAAAAUUUAAAUUAUGUAACUUUCACAAAAUUUUGAGAGAUAUUUUGAAUAGGAACACAUUCCUAGCAUGUGACGAUUAGUUCUUUUUGUAAUUUUUUCAGUUAGUAAUUAUUCUGUUUUUGGAUUUUGAGAUUGGGUAUCUUUUUGUUAAUCAAAAUUGGUAACAAGAAUGAAGUUGUUGUCAGAUGUUGAACAUUUUUAAACUGCAAAUUCGUACAUAUAUAUAAUUUUAUUUAUGAUGCAGGAACUGUCAUAUCAGAUAAGCGCAAUAUCUAUAAAACUGUUGCUAGUACAAUUGAAAAAAUAUAUAUUUUGAAAAAUAUAGAUGUUUUCUACUAAAUAUUUUAUAUGUUAAAAUUUGAAAAAUUAGAGAAUUUUAUAGAGUAGUUUAAAAAGCGAUCCAGCAUACGGAUCAUUAUUUUUGUAUUUUUGUGUUAUGUGUAUAUUAAAAUGAAAAUAGUAUCGUCUACAUUUAGAUUUACAUCUUUAACACUCUUAUUUACCAUAAUGAAUGUCAGUUGUUAAUUUUCGUAGCCUAUAAUAUAAUCUUAAGGUCUACGUCAUUGUGAAAAAAUUCUUUUAAAAUACAGGAUGAUUCAAAAGUCAGUUUAGAAAUAUGAACACUGGAAUUUCAAAGAAAAAAACUAUACCUUUUGUAUCCUCAGUUUUCUAUAUAUUUUCUUGAAUCAGCUUCAAUCACAUUUCCCUUUCAAGAAAGAACUAUUUUGUUUUGUUUGAAUAAAAUUAUUUAGUUAAAAAUCUUUAUUAUAUUUACUUGAAAAUUUAUUCUUCUUCUGUCUCUAAAAUGAAUAGCAAUUAUUUUAUACACGUCGAUAUUUCAUCAGAUAGUAUGUCUCCUUGCAGCUCAUCAGGUUUGAUUUUUAAUUCCUUAAAUUGAUUGACUAUUAUUUUUGUGUGACUACAUUUUAUUCAUCAUUUAUUCACUUUUUAUCUGAUAAAGUUAUUAACCGACUUUUGAACUCUCCUUUACUAAAUGUAUAAAUUAAAUAAUUUUCUUGAAUGUAAUUGCACUUGAGAUGUUACCAUAAAAAAUCAAGUGUCGAUGUUUUUCCAAACUAUUCAUGUGAUUAAUUUUUGUAUUGAGUAAUUUUUAUUGUAGCUGCUGUAAUUGUUAUUUUUGGAAGUGGCAAAUGAACCAAUUGGCGUGAAUUGAUUUGUUUCUGAAGCAUAAAAUGUUUCAAAUACUAAAUAAAAUUUGGUGCUGGAAAUAAGCUAAAAGUGGCUCUAAAUAAAUAUUUUCAUAUUUCCAACUAGUAAUGGAAAUAUGAAGAAAGUAUAUUUUUAUGACAUUUUUAGGAAACUGGAAAGAUAUGUGUAUCAAAUGUUUUUUGUUAUGAAAAAUUUGUUUGUGUUAAUGGCGUAAUUUCCUGGUUGUUCGAAGCAUUUCGUAGACAAUUUUUUUAGUUGACAAUAGACUUUUGAAAAAACACUAGUAGAUUACACGAGGAUUUAGAACAUAGUUAAAAUUUUUGAGAUGUUUUACACUAUGGAUUUCAAGCUGCAUUCAGAAAAAAUUGUUUAUAAUCUUUCAAAUGUGAGAUACUCAUCCACUACUCAGCUAACGGGCUAUUAAUCAUACGUUUUUGGAAAAUCUAAGGUCGUAAACUACGAAAACAAAAACAAUGUAAGGAUCCAUUCAAUAUAUAUAUAUAUAAAAUUAUUAUUCACAGACAUACAUUUAGAGUUGAUGUUUACCAUAUUAAACAAAAAUUAAUAUCAUGUAAUUCAUGAAAUUAAUGGAAUAAAAAUAAUAAAUAUCAUUUAUUUAAUUUUUCUACAACAUAAUUCAUUUUUACAUUUUCUCGUUUUAAAAGUUAUUUAUAUUUUUAAUUUUCAAAAUUUUUUCUAUUUUAUUUAAUGUGAAAAUGUCGUAACUAUAUUGUAUAAGAAACCAAAUUACAAAUAGGUCCGUUUCACGAUCAUUUCGAUUGUGGCAGUGAUGCGUUCUAUAUACAUUUAGCUUUAUUGUUAUCUGUUUGAACGUAAAUUAAAUUGAUAUGAUCACGAAUACUGAAAUCUUUAGAAAUGGUUGGCUUUCUACUAUACGUUUUCUCGGAUGAUUUUUUUUUCAAUACCUCAUACUAGACAAAAAAUCUAAGGCCAUUUUGGUAUGCGAAAUAAUCUAAAGGAUCGUGGUCAUCAACGUUUGCAUUUCUAAUUUUAAUAUACACUUUGUCGAUUGAAACGUCUUCGAUCAUGAUUGGAACUAAAAUUUUCGAAGCAGCGUAUCUACUACUUGUUUGAUUAUGAGCUCUCUGUCUCUAAACCGCUUUGAUGUGUUAUGAGAUAUGACAUUUCUCUUGGAUGUUUUGCAAAUAUUUGCCCUAGGUUUAAGCUUGGUCGAAAUCCUCCUUUGCUUAUCAAAUUGAUCUUAACAAAAUUUCUGGAACUGUUGGUGGUGUUCAUACUGAAGAUACUGUUUAUUGUUACUACUACACCAACACACAAUUAUACUGACAAGGGCUCCUGUAACCAAGUUAUCGUCUUCAGAGUUCAAAGGUAAACUGUUCAAUUUCGCUAUAAAAACACGCAUUAGACAGUGUAGUUGUGAAUGUUGGGGUAGUAGUAACAAUAAACAUUAAUUCAUAUUGAAUUUUAUAUUUUAAAUUUUAAAACAUUUUAAAGCAAACUCCCAAGUUUCCUAACGAAUUUUUUCUGCUAAUAGUAUCAUUGAAAAAUCUAUUUGUAUUUAUGAAUAUAUUUAAAAAUAUUGAUUGGAGAUUGAAUUUUAUAAAUUCACCAAAUAAAGUUUACAAUACAUCUAAUUAGACUUAAUUAAAUUGAUUAAAUAGGAAAUAAAUGACAUUUCCGAAAAAUUUUUUACGCCCUUAGACUCCAGACUCGGCUAUGAAAUAGCAACAUAUAAAUGUACAGUUGUUAUUUAGUGUCAUUGUUUGCAGAAGGUUUUUUGAAGUCAGAAUUGUGUUUGAGGCUGUGAAUAUAUUCUCCAAUUAAUGUAUAUAAAGUAUAAUAUAGUCGUUAAUUUUUAUUUUUGGAAGUACUACCUUCGCACUUUGAAAAUGGAUGUGCCAUUAACUUACAAAGUUAUGUAUUUUAAAUUAAAUUCACAUGUAUAUAUGUUACUGUAGGUACUGUUUGAUAAUAUACAUAUUUAUUUAUUAA